UAGGAUGGAUAGCUUGGAAACAGUUGGAGGGAACGGCCUUAUUAUGAGGCAUCUAUGAAGGAUCAGGAAUGGAUAUAGACAAGGAACUAGUAAUGGAAAAUGUUAAACCUGGAGUCCCUGGAAAACCAGAAAUGAGGCUGGGCACUAAGGAAGAAACAAAUGAAGGUGACACUAAUGAAAGUUCAUUACAAGUCUUGUCCGGCAACGUGCCUCUCCUGGCCCUAGAGUUCUUGGACACAGCCCAGGCCAAAGAGAAGGUCUUUCUCCCCAUGGUCAGCCACAUGUUCCACAUGCCUAUAGAGGAGUCCGACGCCCCACAGCAAGGCAAUGACCUACCCGAGUCCUCAGCAAACACCAGCCAGCCCAAGCAGGAUGACAUCCCCAAGUCCCCAGAAGAAACCAGGCAGCCCAAGGUGGGUGAUAUCUGCAAGUCCCCAGAAGAAACCAUCCAAUCCAAGAAGAACGACCUCCCCAAGUCCUCAGAAGAAGCCAUCCAGCCUCAGGAAGGUGACAUACCCAAGUCCUCAGCAAAACCCAUCCAGCCCAAGCUGGGCACUAUUCCCAAGUCAUCAGCAAAACCCAUCCAGCCCAAGCAGGAUGACACCUCCAAGUCCUCGGUAAAGCCCAUCCGACACAAGCUAGGAAAUAUUCCCAAGUCCUCAGUGAAGCCCAGCCAGCCCAAGUCCCCAGAAGAAACCAUCCAGGCCAAGGAAGGUGACAUCCCCAAAUCCCCAGAAGAAACCAUCCAGGCCAAGGAAAGUGACAUCACCAAGUCCCCAGAAGAAACCAUCCAGGCCAAGGAAAGUGACAUCACCAAGUCCCCCAAAGAGGCCAUCCAGCCCAAAGAGGGUGACAUCCCCAAGUUCCCAGAAGAAGCCAUUCAGCCUAAGGAGGGUGACAUCCCUAAGUCCCCAGAAGAAGCCAUCGAACCCAAGGAGGGUGACAUCCUAAAGCCUGAAGAAGAAACAACUGAGUCCCUGGAGGGGGACAUGGUGAAAAUAAUCCUGAGCAAGGAGGACUUUGAGGCAGCACUGAAGGAGGCUGGGCAGAAGCUGGUAGCUGUGGACUUCUCAGCCACAUGGUGUGGGCCCUGCAGGACCAUCAGACCAUUCUUCCAUGCCCUGUCUGUGAAGCACGAGGACGUGGUGUUCCUGGAGGUGGACGCUGAUGACUGUGAGGAGGUGGUGAGAGACUGUGCUGUCAUGCAUGUCCCAACCUUUCAGUUUUAUAAAAAAGAAGAAAAGGUGGACGAGUUUUGUGGCGCCCUUAAGGAAAAACUCGAAGCAGUCGUUGCAGAAUUAAAGUAAACAUGCAUUCUGCAUUGUAGACAGUCAGAUGUUUAUAGCUUUUUUCUUUUUUAUUAUUUGCAAAAAAGAUCAGGUAUAACACAAAUGUAUGUCCAAAUGGCACUGCUUAUACAUGGUAAUAUUAAUUCUACCCUUAUCAAAAAACAGUCCAAGCAUUAAGGUACAUCGUGACUAUG